GCUUUGUUGAGAUGGUAGUUACUAUGGGAUUUCUUGUCAAUUGCUAUGAGGUUAAUUGUAAGCAUUAAUCCUAUUUUCUGAAUAAUAAUUGAUAUUCUUAUGGUCAUUCUUAAGUCGAUGAGAUUAUGUUUGUAAAUUUUAAAAGAGGAAUUGUAAACAUGGGCUCUACAUUAACUAAUGAUAAUAAAAAUGGAAAGUGAUAUUUCCAUGUUGUUGCUUAGCUAUUAGAAAAUUGGUUGAAGCAACAUGCUUGUUAUGAGCGUUUAAUAAUCCAGAUUUUUGAACAUUUUAUCAAUUUCUAAAACUAUAUCAAUUCAUUCAUUUUAAAGGAAUUAUACAAUGAAAAUUCACAUGCUCUGGCUGUCAGCAUGUUUUACAGUAUGAAUUAGAGUUUGGAUUUUACCUAUCAUGAAUUAGAAAAUAAGACAGUGAAAACAUGCUUCCAAUUUUCUAGAUUAGGGUUCAGGUACCUGACCCAGCCAUGUGGGCAAUAGUAAUCGAGUUGGAUCACCCACUCCAUCUAUUAUUCCAGACCAACUACAAUAUAUGUGCAUGUUACUAGUUUAUAUUCAUUCAUGAACUGCAUUGAUCAAAACUGGAGUUCUGGAUUGCAACUUAAAACCAUAAAUAGAAUUGAAAUUGGACUUGCUCUUCUUUUCUAAUAAAGUUUUUUUUGAAUUGUCUUUGUUGUUUUGUUUAUAAGAAGAACUAAAGUGCUACUAUAGGAAUUAGAUCAUAGUUGCUGAAUUGGAACACAAUAAUGAAUGCAUGUUCUUGUCCUAUUUGAUCUUCAAUAUUUCACAUUUGAUUCACUAUCCUUAUCCAGUAUACUGCAUACGAAUAACUUACCAAUUAAAACUGACAUUGGUAACACAUGCAAGUUCCUUAACCUGAAAGUGUGUGGAAUCCAGUGCCUAUUGUUCAUAUAAUUGAAGGAAUGCAGUGAGAGACCAUAUGAAAAGCCCUCUGUCUACACCCAAAAAACCUACAGGAGAAAGGUGCUACCUCACAUGAAAAAUAAAUAUAGCAAAAAGGUAUUUACUUCUUCUUGGCUUUAUAUUGCUUUUGAUUUAGUAUAACAAUAUUAAUUCCUCUUAGAUAUCCAUUUUAUACUUAAUUUUGGGAUAGCUUACUAUGAAAUUAUUCGCAUUAGAUUCUACAUUACAUGAUAUCAUAUUUUAAUUUUUGUUGGAAUGUACAAUAAACUUCUUCAUAAAUCAUAGGUCUUUAUAUUUUAAGGUCUUUCAUUUUAAUAAUAUAUUCAAUAUACUAUUAUUAUAUUUUUACAGUCUAAGAAGUCAAAAAAAUUUUGUAAAUGCUCCACCAACACCCCAUUUGAUUGAUUUCCUGAAAGUUUCAUAUGUUGAGUUGUCCAGAUAUCGUUCUUUUGGAAGAAGACUUGAAUUUCAAUCUACAAGUAGCUUCACUAUCAAUAAGUGAUGAUGACUUCCCAAGUGCCUGAAUAAUAUGGCAAUAGGCAUGACCAUCAUAUUUUAGAUGCUAUUAAGAAAAUGAUUUUAAGAUCUUUCAUUUUUGAUAAUAUCUUAUUUUGAGCCAUUCUAUUAAAGAAAAUCCUUUGAAAUUUUUCAUUAGUAUUAAAACUCUCUGUUGAUUUGUUAUAAAGUAUUAUGAAUAAUUUGAUCUUUGCUAAAUAAUUAUUUUGGUAUUAUUACUCAUAGUUUAAUAUCCAAUAUAAGCUAUCCAGUGCUGUAAAAGGCAAGAAGAGGCUCCAGGCGAGUCGAGAGGUGAGGCAAAGCGAGCAUGCUGCGACUCUCCAAGCCAAGGCUAGGCCACUUCAAAGAGGAGGACACCCCGAAGCCAAGAGAGAGCAAGCCAGCCAGCCACCAAGACAUCCUUCCCAGUGACUGCAAGAAAAGAAGAACAGAGCAUCGCGCUACAAGCCCACAGCAACCAGGGAGAAUAUUGGAAGCAAAUUUUCCCCAUCUAUACUGGAUUCUAUGUGUAGCCUAUUGUAUAGAUUUGAUAUUGGAAGAUAUUUUUAAGGUAAGGGUUUUCAAAGAAACAUCCUGCAAAGCUAUUGAGCUUAUUGGUUUCAUAUACGGCUCUUCAGGAGUUCUGAAUAUGUUGCGGAAUUUCACUAAAGGAGUAGAAUUGCUAAGGCCAGGGAAAACUAGAUUUGCUACUACUUUUAUUACAUUGGGAAGGAUUCACCUGCAGAAGGCCAAUAUUAGAAAAAUGUUUACUUCAGAGAACUGGACAACUAGUAAAUGGGCUAAAGAGGUGAAAGGUAAAAAGUGUGAAAGAACAGUUUUGAGUCCUGCCUUCUGGAAUCAUGUUGUAUAUGCUCUUAAAGUUUCUGGUCCUCUUGUUUGUGUGCUAAGACUGGUUAAUAAUGAAAAGAAACUAGCCAUGGGAUAUAUUUAUGAAGUUAUGGAUAGGGCUAAAGAAACCAAUGCUAACUCAUUCAAUGGCAAUGAAGAAAAAUACAAGCAUAUUUUUGAGAUUAUUGAUGCAAGAUGGUCAGUUCAAUUACAUCAUCCUUUGCAUGCUGCUAGAUACUUUUUGAAUCCUGAAUUUUUUUUAUCCAAACAAGAUGAGAAUUGAGCAUGAUGAAGAAGUGAAUUCAGGCUUGCUUUCGUGCAUUCACAAAAUGGAACAAGAUUCAACAAAAGUUGACAUGAUUAUUGAUGAAAUUGAGAAAUACAAGGCAGCUACAGGGACCUUUAGUUAUCCUUCUGCUAUUAGAGGAAGAACAACUAAAUCUCUAGGUUAUUAAUUUAUAUUCUUAUUAAUUUUUCAUCUUCCUCAUUUAUUAAAUUAUAUUAUGAAUUUGAGUUUAACAAUCA